CAUUUACGACAGUAUUGUGGCGUCAUCAAUAAACCCUGAAAUGAACGACCGGUUGGAAUCAUUAAAAUAAAUAUAUUAGUUGCGCGUCUUUUUUGCAAUGCGUGUUAAAGAAAACGCGAACGCAGUCAUGGUAAUUGUUCUCGAUAGGUGUAAAUUGGAACAAAUAAAACGAGGUAGCUAAAAUAAACCUGAUUAGCUCGAUAAUGCUGGCUAACCCGCUGCGAAUUGGAUAAGGCAGACAUUCCUAGACUACAACGAGAGCUGCAUUUGGUUUGGAGCUAGUUUGUGACAUUUGACACACAUAACUCUGGUCAUCACAAAUGUCAGCGCAAAAAGACUGCGAGUUUUUGGUCAAAAGAGCCCGGGAGCUUGUUCCAGACGACCCUUGUGCGGCUAAAGCCUGGCUCAUAACUGCCAGAACCCUUUACCCUGCCGACUUCAACAUACAGUAUGAAAUGUACAUCAUUGAACGCAAUGCAGAAAGGACAUCGUGUGCGGGGAGAUUACUGUAUGACAUGUUCUUAAAUUUCCCAGAUCAGCCCAUUGUGUGGCGUGAGAUCAGCGUCAUCACAGCGGCUCUACGCAGUGACGCUCAGGACAAACAUUCGCAGUUCCUUCGAGGGCUUUUUGAAACACUGCCUGGCCGGGUACAGUGUGAGAUGUUGCUGAAGGCCACAGAGCAGUGCUUCAACACAUUGGAGAAGGCAGAGAUGCUGUUGCUCCUACUAAAACGCUUUCCAGAGUCUGUGGUCCAACACGGGGUGAGUCUGGGCGAGACACUGUUGGAGGCAGAGACAUCUGAGAAAGUGGAGUCGCCUGUUAAUUGCUUCAGAAAACUUUUUGUGUGUGACGUCCUUCCUCUGGUUAUAAACAACAUGGAUAUGCGCCUGCCAGCCACCCUGAUGCAGAAAUACAUACUGAAAGCUGCUGAAUUCUACAUUGGUUAUGUGACCCGAAGACCUUCACUUGAUGGACAGAUAAAUGCGUCACAAGAAGUUGGUCCUCUAAAGUCUCCCAGUGUCUCCCGUGGCUCCCAGCGCUACGUUAUUGACGGUUUGUCAGAAAAGUCUUCAGUGGUUGCCGAACCUUGGGAAAGGUUGUUGGACCUCCUUUCUGUUGUUGGUGCUCGAUGUGAGUGGCAGGGCGACAAAGGACAGAGGAGUUACAUGGACUUGCUUCAGAGAGUAAAGGAGCUAUGUCGCUACUUACCGGGCCUGGAGGGAGACACCAGAGCGCGCUGUUGCAGUCAGGUGGUCAUCUGCACUGCCCUCGUCCUCUUCCGCAACGCUUUCCUCUACGUCUCAGCCGUACAGCCAGCACUCUUCCAGGGUGUGAAUACACUGAACUUGGGACCAUGGAUUCUUGUAGAAGAUUUUAGCUCAGUGUACAAUGAUGUGGACUUGGAGAGAGGAUCAGUCAAACACACACACAAGAAGCGCAAAAUGGCAGAUGGCAGAGAGAAGACUUUUAGUUCAGAUGAUGAGGAUGGCAUGGGCCGACACAUCCUGGUGAACAAGUCUGAGAUGCCCAACUGGUCAGAGACUCUGGAGGGCUUUUACACAGCGAGGGAAAGCUGGGACCUUCUUCACUCUCAUGAUAGCCUUGAAACUGAGUUCAAAAAGAUUUGUGCCUCAUGGAAGACAGACAGCUGGCAGUGGUUCCGAAUUUUCCUCAUUGACAUGAUCAUAUACCAGGGACAGUACCGCAAGGCCCUGUCCAGCCUGCACCAGAUGGCAGCUGUGCAGCAACCUCAGUCGGGCCACCAGAGCCCCUCGGGUCAGACCAGUCUGGAGCACCACAGAGCUCUCAUACAGCAGGCCUCGUGCCACUAUGCACUGGGGGAAUACAGGAUGGCCUGUGACAAGCUUCUUGAUGUUGUCGGCGGAUUGGAACCCCCAAACCAUGAACCAACAAAAACCUCCGAAGAUCAGAUGAAAGUCAAGCCCAAACUGAAGAAGAAUCAUGACCUGCGAUUGCUUCCGUGCACCAGCAGUGCUGUAUUACCUUUCUGCCUCCAGCUGAUGUUGGCCUGCUUUAAGCCACGAGCCUUUACAGACAACCAGGACGACCUGUCGCUGGGUCACGUGGUGGUGCUCCUGCAGUACGACUGGCCGCAGGGCGAGAUGCUGUUUCUAAAAGCAGUGGAUAAGAUCUGCCAGCAAGGUGGGUUCCAGUAUGAGAAUUUCUUCAACUAUGUCACCAACAUCGACAUGCUGGAAGAGUUUGCGUACCUGCGUACCCCCGACGGAGGGAGGAUCCAGCUGGAGCUGCUGCCCAACCAGGGAAUGCUGAUUAAGAACCCUAGGCCCGCCCUGGGGCUGGAGUUAAACACCCUUCUGCUACAAGGGGUGCAGACGAUGGACAGACACCACACAGUGACGAGAGGGAUUACCAAAGGAGUGAAGGAGGAUUUCCGUCUGGCCAUGGAGAGACAAGUGUCGCGUUGUGGCGAAAACUUGCUCAGUGUGCUGCACCGUUUCUGUAUCAACGAGAAAAUCAUAAUCGUCCAGUCUCUCCCUUGACACUUUAAAAAGCUUUUUAAAAAGGACACCGGACUGACUUUCUGUCAAAAUGCAGAGACAGUACUUUGGAGUUACCACAAUUUUUAGCAUUUUGUUAAUAAUUACGUGUAGUUCAGUAGUUGUGUGUUAGUUUCAACAUACAUAACCGCAAUAUUUCAAGUAGUGUGUGUGAUAUUUUGACCAAACUCAUCUAUCUUUGUGAGGAAAUGAUCAAAGAGUUUGUGUAAAUAUUUCCCAUCACUAUUCCUUAGUGAUGUUUGAUCAAAAGCAGCAUUUGGCACAAGAUAGCAGCAGCUGGAAAAUGCAUUCAAAUGACCAGUUAAUUGUUGGAAAGGUGUUUUGGAAAGCCUUUACCAGAAAUAUUUGUGAAUAAAUACCUUUCUGAGCUACAGAAAUACCAAGUUUUGGAGCUCCUUAGAUUGUGCAAGUGUACUUUGCACCUUUAGAUUUGCCUUAAGUUGUAAAUAAAGCAAUCAACAAUCUCGGUGUAUUAUCUUGAAUUGCAUUUACAAAGAAGCUUUGUUGACUUUGAAAACAACUAAUGUUCAUAUAGGCAUUGACAAACACUGAUUUGUUAAUGUAAUGGAUAGUAAUUUGCUAAAGAAUAAAAUA